AGCAUUAUGGAAGUGAAAGAGCGACGUCCAUACUGUUCACUCACUAAAGCCCACAAGGACAAAGAAGGGCCAUAUCCUGGUGACAAUGCUAUUGGCCAGCAAGAAGGGCGUGUUCCGACUCAAAAGUCUUACUCCUCCAGUGAGACACUCAAAGCCUUUGACAAGCACCAAGAGCAGACCAGGAUAUUUUAUGGGUCAUCAAAAGAACAUAAGGACACUAUUCACCGUGGCAAGGAUGAUUAUAACAUAGACGGUCACCAUUUAAGUCUUCGUCAACUGGGCAUCUGCGAACCAACAUCCCACCAUGGCCUAGUAUUCUGCUCUGAGAUGGGCCUCCCCCACCGUGGUUUUUCUGUUGCUACAGCCCAAGACCAAGAUGUGGACAGUCAAGCUGUAAUGUCACCAGAGCGAGCGCUGCGAUUGUGGGACCGUGGAGGUUUGGGCAAAUCAUCUCGGAGGAGUUCCUGUCUGUCAAGCCGCUCAAACUCAGUGCUGACUCUUACUGAUACAGAACAUGAGAACAAGUCUGACAGUGACAACGAGCAACCAUCCAAUCACCACAGCUCCACUUUGCCUCCGGUGGCACCCCCGUAUCGGCAGCAGCCCUCAGUCACAGCUCUCAACCAGUCACUGGGCUCUGACCAUCACUCCGGUCACCUGCUGAAUUCCAUUCGUCAACAAACUCCUCCCACUGGAAACCCGGCCCCCGUGGCCGGCCAAUCGCCUGCCGAGCUGCAGACCACGCCCCCAGAGAGCGUCCCGCUGCAAGACAGCUGGGUGCUGGGUAGCAAUGUGCCUCUGGAAACAAGGCACUUCCUUUUUAAAACCGGCACGGGUACUACUCCCCUCUUCUCCACUGCAACACCCGGCUACACAAUGGCUACAGGCUCAGUUUACUCCCCUCCUACCAGACCUUUGCCAAGAAACACCUUGUCACGUUCAGCCUUCAAGUUUAAAAAAUCCUCCAAAUAUUGCUCGUGGAGAUGUACAGCCCUCAGUGCAGUAGGACUUUCUGUGCUGCUCUCUAUCCUGCUCUGUUACUGCAUAGCAAUGCACCUCUUUGGUCUGAACUGGCAGCUCCGGGAGAGUGAUGGAUAUGGAGCGUUUGAAAAUGGAGGUGUUGGACGAGAUACCACUCCUAACACCUUUAUGGUAUCCACCGACAAUGGUAAAAUUCUCCUCGAAAACAACACUAUCGACACAGGGGAAGUGGAUGUGGGGAGACGAACAAUUCAAGAUGUCCCGCCAGGUGUGUUUUGGAGGUCACAACUUUACAUUGACCAACCACAGUUCCUGAAAUUUAACAUUUCAGUGCAAAAAGAUGCCCUUGUUGGAGUGUAUGGACGGAAAGGUUUACCACCCUCACACACACAGUAUGACUUUGUGGAGCUCCUUGAUGGAAGUCGACUAAUUUCCAAAGACAAGCGAUCCCUGAGUGACACAGACAUGGCACAUGUACACUCACUCAGUGGUUUUGAAAAUGACCCUGGAGAAGAGGUCCGUCAUAGAAGAUCAGUGAAUGUACAUGAGGCUGGCUUCAUCCAAUACCUGGACAUGGGCAUUUGGCAUCUGGCAUUUUACAAUGAUGGCCGUAAUACAGAACAAGUGUCUUACAAUACGUUCAUCAUCGAGUCCAUUAUGGAGUGUCCCCAGAAUUGUCAUGGAAACGGAGAUUGUCUCUCAGGAAUAUGCCAUUGUUUUCCUGGAUUUCUGGGACCUGACUGCUCUCGAUCUUACUGCCCUGUGCUGUGCAGUGGGAAUGGUCAGUAUUCCCGUGGACGCUGCCAGUGCUACAGCGGGUGGAAAGGCGCAGAGUGUGAUGUGCCCUCCAACCAAUGUGUUGACAUCCAUUGUGGAGGACAUGGCAUCUGCAUAAUGGGCGCCUGCAUUUGCAAUACUGGUUACCAGGGAGACAAUUGUGAAGAAGUGGAUUGCAUAGAUCCCAGUUGUUCAGCCCAUGGGGUGUGCAUUCAUGGCGAAUGUCACUGCCAGCCAGGCUGGGGUGGAGCAAGCUGUGAAAUUGCCAAGGCUAUGUGUCCGGACCAGUGUUCAGGUCAUGGCACAUACAACACAGAAACCAGUACUUGCAUCUGUGACCAGAAUUGGACUGGGCCAGAUUGUUCCUUAGAGCUGUGUGAAGUGGACUGUGGAAACCACGGCAUUUGUUAUGGUGGUUUGUGUCGGUGUGAGGAGGGAUGGACUGGACUUGUAUGUGAUCAGAAGGCCUGCCACCCAUUGUGUAGCAAGAACGGGGUGUGUAAGGAGGGAAAGUGUGAGUGUGACCAGGGCUGGACUGGGGAGCAUUGCAAUAUUGCUCACAAUCCGGAUAUUAGAGUAAAAGAGGGUUGUCCAGGUCUCUGCAACAACAAUGGAAGAUGCACCCUGGAAGCGAGUGGCUGGCAUUGUAUCUGCCAGUCAGGAUGGCGAGGAGCGGGAUGUCAUGUCGCCAUGGAAACCAUCUGUACUGAUGGCAAGGACAAUGAAGGAGAUGGCUUGACAGAUUGUACGGAUCCAGACUGCUGUGUACAGCCUUCCUGUCAGAACCAGUUGUACUGCAAAGGAUCACCUGACCCAGUGGAAGUACUUAGCCAGUCCCCAUCAACACUGACUCCUCAGCAGGCUGCCAGGUCUUUCUACCAGCGCAUCUACUUCCUCCUUGGUCCUGAAUCCACUCAUGUCAUAUUUGGUGACAGUCCAUUUAAUAGAAGUUUGGUGUCAGUAAUCCGGGGUCAGGUUUUGACAGCGGAUGGAACACCCCUGAUUGGAGUCAACGUGUCAUUUGUUGACUACCCUGAACAUGGAUACACUGUUACACGCAAUGACGGCAUGUUCGAUCUACUAGUCAAUGGUGGUGCAUCCCUGACGUUGGGUUUUGAACGUGCUCCAUUCCUGACCCAGUACCGAACGGUGUGGGUGCCUUGGAAUGUAUUCUACGUGAUGGAUACUCUGGCCAUGAAGAAGGAGGAGAAUGACAUUCCCAGCUGUGACCUGAGUGGUUUUGUCAGACCCAGUCCUGUCAUUGUUGCUUCUCCCUUGUCCACAUUUUCCAGAAGUUCACCUAAGGAUGGCCCCAUUAUACCAGAAACCCAGGUUUUACAAGAAGAAACCACAAUACCUGGCAGUCAUCUUAACUUGAUUUACCUGAGUUCAAGAGCUGCAGGUUAUAAACCCGUCCUCAAAGUCACCAUGACACAGUCAUCAAUACCUUUUAACCUGAUGAAGGUUCACCUGAUGGUAGCCGUGGUGGGACGUCUCUUCCAAAAAUGGUUCCCCGCUCAGCCAAAUCUUUCUUACACUUUCAUUUGGGACAAGACGGAUGCUUACGGCCAACGUGUUUAUGGGUUAUCAGAGGCAGUUGUAUCGGUGGGGUUUGAAUAUGAGUCCUGCCUAGACCUGAUCCUAUGGGAGAAGAGAACAGCCAUUUUACAAGGAGACGAGAUGGACGCUUCUAACAUUGGAGGAUGGACUCUCGAUAAACAUCACAUUCUGGAUAUACAAAAUGGCAUCCUGUACAAAGGCAACGGUGAGAAUAUAUUUGUUUCCCAGCAACCUCCUGUCAUCAGUAGCAUAAUGGGAAAUGGACGGCGCCGUAGCAUCUCUUGCCCCAGCUGCAAUGGGCAAGCAGAGGGUAAUAAGCUGUUGGCACCCCUUGCAUUGGCGUGUGGUGCUGAUGGCAGCCUGUACGUCGGAGACUUUAACUACAUCAGGAGGAUCUUCCCAUCAGGAAAUGUUACCAGUGUGAUGGAGCUUAGAAACAAAGAUUUCAGGCAUAGCAACAACCCUGCCCAUCGGUACUAUAUGGCUACUGAUCCAGUGACAGGACAGCUUUAUGUGUCAGACACCAACUCACGCCGUAUCUACCGACCAAAGAACCUCAGUGGUGCCCGUGACCUCAUCAGUAAUGGGGAGGUUGUAGCUGGCACUGGUGAACAAUGUCCACCAUUCGAUGAAGCACGGUGUGGAGAUGGAAGAAAAGCUACAGAAGCUCAGUUACUGGGACCUAAAGGGAUUGCAGUUGACAAAAAUGGUUUGAUCUACUUUGUGGAUGGGACGAUGAUCAGAAAAGUGGACCGCAAUGGUAUCAUUUCCACAGUCCUGGGAAGCAAUGACUUAACCUCUGCCCGCCCUCUGACCUGUGAUAACAGCAUGCACAUAAGACAGGUUCGUUUGGAAUGGCCCACUGAUCUAGCGAUUAGUCCCAUGGACAACUCCAUCUAUGUUUUGGACAACAAUAUUGUGCUGCAGAUCACUGAAAAUAGAGAGGUUCGUAUAGUGGCAGGGCGUCCCAUGCACUGCCAAGUACCUGGUAUUGAAUACACGAUGGGAAAGAGAGCAGUUCAGACCAUGCUAGAGGGAGCAACAGCCAUUACCUUGUCCUACAAUGGCAUUCUCUACAUCACAGAGACAGACGAGAAAAAAAUUCAUCGCAUUCGACAGGUGUCAACUGAUGGAGAAAUUACUUACCUUGCCGGCGCACCAUCUGAUUGUGACUGCAAGAAUGAUGCCAAUUGUGACUGUUACCAAACAGGGGAUGGUUAUGCUAAAGAUGCAAGACUUAACUGCCCUUCCUCUUUGGUCGUUUCUCCGGACGGGACCCUGUAUGUUGCAGACCUAGGAAAUAUCCGCAUUCGAGCAAUCCGCCGCAAUCAACCACUUACCGGCUCCUUGGCAUCUGGUCCCGGUUACUAUGAAGUGGCCUCUCCAGCCGCCCAGGAGCUCUAUGUGUUUGACUUAAAUGGAACUCACCAAUCCACAGUAUCCCUGGUCACUGGAGACUAUAAAUAUAAUUUUAGCUACAGCAAUGAAGAGGAUUUGACAGCGGUGACUGACAGCAGCGGUAACACCCUCCGUAUCCGUAGGGAUACGAACAGGAUGCCUGUUCGUGUGGUCACCCCAGACAAUCAGGUCAUCUGGCUGACCAUCGGAACAAAUGGGGGACUGAAGUCUCUCACAGCUCAGGGUCAAGAGAUGGUCUUGUUUAGUUACCAUGGCAACAGUGGAUUGCUCGCAACCAAAAGCAUCCAAAUUGGUUGGACUACAUUCUAUGAUUAUGACAGCGAGGGUCGUUUGACUAAUGUUACCUUCCCGACCGGCGUGGUUACCAAUCUCCACGGCGACAUGUCAUCAGGCGCCGUUGCUGUGGAUAUUGAGACGUCAGGGAGGGACGAGGAUGUUUCCAUAACGACCAACCUGUCAUCAAUAGACUCAUUCUACACUCUGGUGCAGGACCAGCUUCGAAACAGCUACCAAGUGGGUAAUGACCAUUCUCUCAGGGUAAUCUAUGCCAAUGGGAUGGAUACACAUUAUCAGACAGAGCCUCAUAUUCUGGUCGGUGCUGCUAACCCAAUUGUAGCGCGACGCAACAUGACACUCCCUGGAGAGAAUGGCCAAAACUUGGUGGAGUGGAGAUUUAGGAAGGAACAGACACGAGGAAAAAUCAUUGUUUUUGGGAGAAAGCUUAGAGUGAAUGGAAGGAACCUGUUGUCUGUCGAUUAUGAUCGCAACCUACGAACAGAGAAAAUUUAUGAUGAUCAUCGGAAGUUCCUUCUGAAAAUCAUCUAUGACACCCAAGGGCAUCCGACACUGUGGGUACCAAGCAGCAAGCUGCUCGCUGUUAACCUUACAUACUCCAGUACGGGGCAGGUAACUGGCCUGCAAAGGGGUCCAACUACAGAGAAGUGGGAGUAUGACAGUCAAGGAAGAAUCACUUCACGACUAUUUGCUGAUGGAAAGACUUGGAGCUACACUUAUUUAGAUAAGUCCAUGGUCUUACUGCUGCAUAGCCAGCACCAGUACAUUUUCGAUUAUGACUCAGGAGACCGCCUGUCAGCCGUUACCAUGCCGAGUGUGGCUCGACACACCAUGCAGACCAUCAGAUCAAUCGGUUACUACAGAAAUAUCUACACUCCACCUGAGAGCAACGCCUCAGUUACGGUGGACUUCUCUGAAGAUGGGCAGCUACUUAGAGUUGCCCAUCUUGGAACUGGACGCCGUAUAUUGUACAAAUAUCGGAGACAGAACAAGCUGGCAGAGAUUUUGUAUGAUUCAACUCGGGUCAGUUUCACAUACGAUGAGACGGCUGGCGUGCUGAAAACGGUCAACUUGCAGACUGAAGGUUUUAUCUGCUCUAUACGGUAUCGCCAAAUUGGCCCAUUGGUCGAUCGGCAGAUAUUCCGCUUCAGCGAGGAUGGAAUGGUGAACGCACGCUUUGACUAUACCUAUGACAACAGCUUCAGAGUCACCAGCAUGCAGGCUGUAAUCAAUGAAACGCCACUGCCAAUCGAUCUCUAUCAAUUUGAUGACAUAUCAGGAAAAAUGGAGCAAUUUGGAAAGUUUGGAGUCAUUUAUUAUGACAUCAACCAGAUCAUUUCCACAGCGGUUAUGACCUACACCAAGCACUUUGACCAGCAUGGUCGUAUCAAGGAGAUCCAAUAUGAAAUCUUCAGGUCUCUGAUGUACUGGAUCACCAUCCAGUAUGAUAACAUGGGCCGAGUCACCAAGCGAGAAAUCAAAAUAGGACCAUUUGCCAACACGACCAAAUAUGGCUAUGAGUAUGAUGUCGAUGGGCAGCUGCAGACAGUCUCACUCAACGAAAAAAUGAUGUGGAGGUAUAAUUAUGACCUAAAUGGGAACUUACAUUUGCUGAAUCCGGGAAACAGCGGUCGAUUGACACCUCUUCGUUACGACCUCAGAGACAGAAUCACUCGUCUCGGAGAUGUUCAGUACAAGAUGGAUGAAGAUGGGUUUCUAAGACAGAGAGGGGCAGAGAUAUUUGAAUACAACUCCAAAGGUCUUCUUGUUCGGGUGUACAGUAAAGCCGCUAGUUGGACCAUCCAGUACCGUUAUGACGGUCUGGGUCGACGAGUGGCAGCCCGGAACAGUCUAGGACAACAUCUGCAGUUCUUCUAUGCUGACUUGAACUAUCCAACCAGGAUCACACAUGUUUAUAAUCACUCCAGCUCUGAAAUCACCUCUUUUUACUAUGACUUGCAGGGCCACGUUUUUGCUAUGGAAAUCAGCAGUGGAGAAGAGUUUUAUAUUGCAUGUGAUAACACUGGGACCCCACUGGCUGUCUUCAGCAACAAUGGACUCUUACUAAAGCAGGUGCAGUACACGGCUUACGGCGAGAUUUACUUCGAUUCAAACCCAGACUUUGUGAUUGUAAUUGGCUUCCACGGAGGCUUGUAUGAUCCGCUGACACGAUUGCUACAUUUCGGAGACAGAGAUUACGACAUUCCCGCUGGGAGGUGGACUACCCCUGAUGUCAGCACAUGGACCAGGGUUGGUAAAGACCCUCAACCUUUCAAUCUGUACAUGUUCCAAGGCAACAAUCCCAUCAGCAAAAUCCAUCAAGUCAAAGAAUAUGUGACAGAUGUCAACAUCUGGUUGGUCACGUUUGGAUUCCAUCUUCACAAUGCAAUUCCGGGAUUCCCCAUUCCAAAAUUUGACUUGACACAGCCAUCACUGGAGAUGAAAAAAAGUCAGCUGUGGGAUGACCUGCCUUCUAUUUCAGGUGUCCAGCAGGAGGUGACUCGCCAAUCACGGGCCUUCCUGUCUUUUGAGCGGAUGCCAGAAAUUCAGCUUAGCCGACGCCAUACCUACAACACUAAACCGUGGCUUUGGUUUGCCAGAAUCAAGUCUUUAAUUGGGAAAGGAGUGAUGCUUGCUGUCAUCCAAGGUCGUGUGGUGACCAGCGUGCUUAACGUUGCCAAUGAAGACUGUAUCAAAGUGGCUGCAGUGCUAAAUAAUGCCUUUUACCUAGAAGAUCUGCAUUUUACAGUGGAAGGUCGAGACACGCACUACUUCAUCAAGACUAGCUUGCCCGAGAACGAUCUCGGUGCACUUCGGCUCACCUCGGGACGCAAAUCACUGGACAAUGGCGUGAACGUGACAGUGUCACAGUCUACAACUGUGAUGAAUGGCCGUACGCGGCGUUUUGCUGAUGUGGAACUGCAAUACGGGGCCCUGGCGCUGCGCGUGCGUUACGGGACAACGCUGGAUGAGGAGAAAGCACGAGUCCUGGAACACGCGAGGCAGAGAGCUUUGACAAGUGCCUGGACCCGUGAACAGCAGCGCGUGAGAGACGGCGAGGAGGGAGUUCGGCUGUGGACCGAGGGAGAGAAAAGGCAGCUUCUCAGCAGUGGGAAAGUUUUGGGUUACGAUGGAUAUUACGUCUUGUCUAUAGAGCAGUACCCGGAGCUUGCUGACAGUGCCAACAACAUCCAGUUCUUACGUCAGAGUGAGAUAGGGAAGAGGUAA